AUGGUGCCGAAGCUGGAUGGGGUGGUGGUCUGCGAGGAGCAAGCCCAGCUGGUGCUGGACGCCCUGGCGGAGCAGCAGGCUGACAGGGCCGACAAAGCCGCCAAGGCGCGCCGCCGCGCGGUCGAGGUCGCGUGGCUGCAGCUCGUGCGCACGCUGCGGCGGCGGCUUGAGGUUGACCGCGGGUUUGACCGGGAGCUGGGGGGCCGCGGCUUGAACGAUGAGCUCAUGGCGGCGGCGGCGGCGGCGGCGGCGGCGAGCGGGGGCGGCGGGGGAGGGGCGAAGGGGAAGAGGGGGCGCACGGCAAAGGAGGCGGUCGAGCGGGCGGCGGAGGAGGACGCGGCGGCGCGCGGGGGCGGGCGGCCCGAGGGUGGAGGCGGCGCGGUGGACGCGCUGCGGCGGCGGGGGCGCGGCGGUGCGGCGGGCGCAUCAAGAGGGCGGGGCCGCGGCGGGGUUGGCGGCGGGAGCGGAGAGGGGCAGCCGCGGCCGGUCGAGCAGCAGCGAGGCGAGGGGUCGCCAGAGGCGCAGCUGAUGGAUGGCGUUGACGUUGAGGAGUUUUGA